GUUAGUUGCAGUCCUAAUAUAUUCAAAAAAGCAGCAUGAGCACACGACGGGAGGUUGUAACCUCGGUCCAUCACACGACUCAUCCAACACGUCGACCGAGACCGAACCUGAUGAACCUGAUGAACCCGAUGAACCUGAUGAACCUGAUGAACCUGAUGAACCCGAUGAACCUGAUGAACCCGCUGAACCCGAUGAACCUGAUGAACCUGAUGAACCUGAUGAACCCGAUGAACCUGAUGAACCUGAUGAACCUGAUGAACCCGAUGAACCCGAUGAACUUGAUGAACCUGACGAACCCGAUGAACCCGAUGAACUUGAUGAACCCGAUGAACUUGAUGAACCCGAUGAACUUGAUGAACCCGAUGAACCUGAUGAACCCGAUGAACUUGAUGAACCCGAUGAACCCGACGAACCCGAUGAACCCGACGAACCCGAUGAACCACACGGGUCAGAGCUGUUCGUCCGUUCUCUCAAUCUCUUCUUCCAACAGACUGUAAACCUGAAGCAAUCUUCCAUAAUGCAGCAGAACAAUGUGUUUUGCCUUCAAAAGUGCCAACGCAUUAAAAACGCAGCACGUGCGUUCGGUUCAGCUCGAGUUUCGUAUCUUCAGAGAACUUCACACGAUCACGUUGCAGCGGUCGGAGCGAGACAGUAUCAGCGUUCCCAAGGAAACAUGUGGACCUGCUUCAUUUCCUCUUUCACUCUCAAACUCUGCGUGGGCCCGAUCCACACGCGUGUCCUUUGCCUGACUGAUGACGCCGCCGUCUUCCUGUCAACAUCGCCCGGGUAACAUGAAGGUUAAAACAAACACUAUAUGUGUCUGUCACACGUGCAGCUGGUUCCGGGGAAGCUGUCGCGAAGAGAAGUAUGAAAUGGAUAAAGAAAAGUUUUCAUCUUUCCCCGCGUCAACAGUGAAACAUCUGACGCGAGCGUUCCCUCGGAGGGAGAGGAAGAGGAGGUCUGCCGGCUCCGACUCCCGCCGACUUAUUUUCAUCUCUCAUCUGCCGGAGGAGAGCGUGACCUCGGCUGCACGCCGGAAAUGUAUAGUUUUCUUUUCUAAAUUCACGACUCUGACGAUGCGUUGGACACAAACGUAGGAACGUUUCUGGGUCGACUCGUCACACGAUGAGGAAGGAAUCUCACAGUCGCUGUAUCUGCUGACUCGAGACAGAUUUGAGGAUUUUCUUUCUUGACAGUUAGGGAGACAUUUGAAGACGCAGAAGAAAGGGGAGGAUGAAUGUGACUCGAUUUCAGAAUCCAUAAUUUGGUUGAUUCAUAAAAUAAACCCACGAUGUCCUCAAAACAUAUUUCAACAAGAGGUGGGAAGUAAGUCUUGCUGGAAAGAUGAUAAUAUUAAUAAGAAUAUUCUGGAGUUCCCAUGUGGCAGCAUUGAAAUCCAAACCCCUCAUGAAUACAGAUCCAGGAGUCGUUUACAGGGUUUCUAGGUCAAAGAGGAAAUAGAAAACUUUUUGGCUUAAACUAAUUGCACAGUGUAACGGUGAUAGAAAAAUUUACGCCAUCUGCACUUAGAUAGUUUUUUUCAACUGCAUCAACUAUUGCGUAGACAAAACAAAGAGCGAUCUCUCCGUAUCUAACCCGAGCGAUGAAAAAUGACAGAGAGUGGAAAAGCCAGAUUGACCAAAAUAAUCCCAGAACAAAAGUAGGAGAAGAAAGAGAGCGAACACACAAGAGUGAACCUCUAAACGACAAUGUGCCCGACCUGUGGU